GCCAAGAGAACGGUUAUGGUGCCUGAAAGUACUAGGCUGCACUUGGUCAUGACUUUCUGGCAGUUUGCUUAUGCAGGGAACCAUAUCAUCUUGAGAGCUGCACUUAAUAUGGGUGUAAGCAAGCUAGUUUUCCCUCUUUAUAGGAAUAUCAUCGCGCUGUUCGCACUAGCUCCCUUUGCAUAUUUUCUAGAGAAGAAAGACAGGCCACCAUUAACUACUAAGUUUUUGGUACAAUUCUUUCUCCUCGGAUUUGUUGGGAUAACAUGUAAUCAGGGAUUGUAUCUUUUGGGUUUGGACAAUACUUCACCAACCUUUGCCUCUGCCACAGAGAAUAUUGUUCCUGCUGUUACCUUUCUCAUGGCUGUAGUACUCAGAAUUGAGCAAGUGCACUUGAACAGAAAAGAUGGUAUUGCUAAGGUAGUCGGAACUCUUGCUUCUGUUGCUGGAGCUUCAGUCAUUACCCUUUAUAAGGGGCCAACCAUUUAUGCACCAAAUUCAUCACAUUUACACCAAUCACAUUUUUUGGUCUCAUUAGGAGAUGCCAAGGGGAAGAAUUGGACCUUGGGUUGCAUCUAUCUCAUUGUUCACUGCCUAUGUUGGUCUGGUUGGGCUAUAGUACAGGCACCCGUCUUUCAGAAAUACCCAGCUCGGCUUUCAGUCACCUCGUAUUCUUGUUUCUUUAGUACUUUGCAGUUUCUGGUAAUUGCAGCAAGUUAUGAAAGAGACUUGCAAGCCUGGCAGGUUCACUCUGAUGGUGAGCUCUUCAGUAUUUUUUAUAUGGGACUGGUGGCUUCAGCAUUGUCCUUUGCAGUACAAACAUGGGUUAUUGACCGGGCUGGACCGGUAUUUGUUUCGGUGUAUCUACCUGUACAGACCUUACUUGUAGCUUUAAUGGCUUCUGUUGUUUUAGGCGAAGAGUUCUACUUGGGAGGGGUUAUUGGAGCAGUGUUGAUUGUAGUUGGACUAUACCUUGUUGUGUGGGGUAAAAGUGAAGAGAGCAAGUUUCCUAAAGAAAAUUUGGCAAUUCCCUCAAUGCCUGGGAACAAUCAGAGAAAAUCUUCGAGCAAAUCUCCUCUCAUCCAACCAUUACUUGGUUGUCGGUGUGAAAACGGUGAUAGCUAG